UAUGAAUUGCAGACACUUCCAAUGCCAUGGCUAUCAUUAUUGACGUCCAUGCCCUUCAUCAGUCUGAUCAUCGUGCACUGUUGCCAACACUGGGGAUUCUGGACCCUAAUGACUGAGAUACCGUCUUACAUGAGCCAAGUUCUGGGAGUCAACAUCAAAGCGAAUGGUGUAUUGUCGGCCACCCCUUACAUCGUGAUGUACAUCCUCAGCUUCCCCGUUGGCUUCAUAUCUGAUUAUGCCCUCGCUAAAGGCUGGGUCAGUAUUACUGCUGCCCGGAAAAUUAGCAAUAGCAUCGGUUUCAUAGGCCCAGCAAUAGCUUUGAUUGGAUUAGCAUAUGUGCCAGCUGGUAACAUAACCCUAGCAGUUGGUAUACUGUCUGUCGUGGUGGGACUCAAUGCAGGACACUUCACUGGCUUUAUGCUAGGUCAUCUGGACAUGGCGCCCAAUUUUGCGGGAACUAUGCUUGGCAUCACGAAUGCCAUUGCGAAUAUUAUCUCCAUUAUUGCGCCAUUAGCCGCUGGAGCUAUUAUUAAAGACGAGAGUGAUGCGGCAGAAUGGCGGAAGGUGUUCUACCUGUCCUCAUUUAUAUACAUCUUCGGAAAUACCAUCUACCUCAUUUUCGGAACCAGUAUUCGCCAGUCGUGGAACGAACCGAAGACAGAGAAAAACAUCGAUAAUGUUACUGACGCAGAGAAAACUGAAAAAGUUAUAUAAAAUCCACUAAAAGACUUAAUAAAGUAGAUAAACAUGUACGACAUAAUUUAUUUCUUAAUUUAAUUACUAGUCUUAUUAUAAUUGUCAAUUGUUUGUUAAGUA